AUGCGUUCCUCAGGCGACACCACCCCUCGACCACCCGCUCGUACCGCCCAACCAGCCCAGCCAGCUCGCAGGACCACCCAGCGCACCCCAACGAGCCACUCGCACAGCCCAGCGUCGCCCGGAUCUCCGUCCAGCUCCACAUCCUCUCUUCCUUCCCGCACCUCGUCGACCUCGAGUCCGUUCACUCGCUCGUCGCCUGUCGUGGGAGGGUCACUGCCGAGGAGACACCAGCGUCCGCCACGUCCUGGACCGGUACAGCAGCUUCACGUGGUCGACUGGUCGCGCGAGGGAAACUUCCCGGAGGACAGAGACGAGAAAGGGAUGGCACGCUCAGUCGGUUCGGGUGACGGACCGGACUCGCCUGACGCUGAGGGUGGGUCUGGAGGAGUAGGAGGGUUCGCAAAGCCCGCUGCUACGCUCCCGGAUAUCACCCUCACGACGGACGAACUCGUUGCGGCGCCUCACGAGGUCCUCGUCUCGCUUGUCGAGCGGCAUCAGGAGGAUUUGGCGAGGCUGAAGGACCGCGUGGAGAAGCUCGAGGAGGAGGGCAGGGAGCGUGACAAGGAGAAGAGGGCGCUCGAGCGCGACUUGGAGAGCACAAAGGGCAGGAUGGACGAGUUGUUGACGGACCAGGCGAGAAUGGAGGAAGAGCUCGCCGGCCGGAUCGAAGUGCUCGAAAAGCUUCGCGGGACGGUGCGAGACCUCGAGCGCGAGAAGCGCGAGGCGACCAAGCGGUAUCGCGAGCAGGCCGACUCGUUCGACUCGGAGCGCCAAUCGUGGUACGACCAAGAACAGCACUACAAGACCCGCAUCGCCGGCCUCGCCUCUUCGAGCAAAAAGUCGCGGCGCAAGUCGCCUCCUUCGAGCGGGCGGAAAGCGACAUCGGGCUCGGAAGUUGAAGGCGACGAGGCGGACCAGUCGGAGAACGACGGGCCUCCCCGCACGCCUCGCGACCGCCUCGACCUCCCCGCGCGUUCUUCGAGCGCUUCUCCGUCCCCCUCGACUACCUCCGCUCGCUCACUCGACCUCUCGACUCCGGCAACAUCCGAAGGACCCUCGACUCCAGGCGGAGCGACCUCUACCGAACUCGCUCUCCGCGCACAACUCGACACGCUCAGUACAGCCCAUACCUCACUCUCUCACACGCUUCGCGCGUUGCAGACUGAGAUGGCAGACCUCAAGCGCGUCUACCAAGACUUGCAGGAGGAGAACGAGUCGUACGAGAUUCUGUUGGGCGAACGGACGCUCAGUGGGGAAGUUAGUCGGACCGAGUUGUUUAGGAAGAGCUUCCAGUGGGGCGAAAGUGGGAUUGAUGGAGAGGAAGGGGUGGCGGCCUACAGCGGUGCGUUUGGGUUUGCGGGAGGACUCGAAGCGGUGGGUGAGGAGGCAGAGGACGCAGAGUUGGGGCUCAGCAGCGACGAUGAGGAGGACGACGAGGACGCGACGGACGCGACGGGCAAGGACAGCGACGAGGUCGAGAAGGUCUUGCUCGAAUCGAAGGGCACGGGUGAAGCCGACUCUGUCGCCGUCGCGACCGACUCGGGCCGCAAACGUCGCAAGUCUCGACGCUCGAUGCAGGGGUCCGUCUCGGGUGCCGGAGGACUCGAUCUCGCGGCUGAGCUUGAGGCGGCGCAGAAGGUCGACGAGAUGGACGAGGUCGAUCUUGCGCGGCAGAAGCAGCGCGAGGAGCGGAGGAAGAAGCGCGCGGAGGAGAAGGAGCAGAAGCGCAAGGCGGCGCAGGAGGCGAGGAGGGCCAGCUUGGGCGGCGGGACGAACCAGGAACUGCACGACGAGAUCCGCCGCCUGCACGAGGAGAACAAAGCGCUCGCGCUGUACGUCUCGAAGAUCGUCGACCGCGUCUGCUCGCAAGAAGGCUUCGAAAAGGUUCUCGCCGUCGACUUCCGCAACACGCCCAAGGUCGGUGGCGCAUCGCCCGGCCCUCCGCAAGCCGAGCCAAAACCUCGUCCUGCCUCGGUCGGCUUCUUUCGCUCACCCGCUGCAACGCCUUCACCUGUCGCGACUCGCAAGGUCGAGCCGUCUACGCCAAUGUCGGCUUCUUCUUACACCACCGCCCCGUCCGCCACACCUUCUUCAGCCAACGGCACUUCGCUCUCCACUCCGUCGGGACCGCGAAAGUCGGGCGGGUUUGGCUGGGACUCCGUCUCGAGCGUCUUCAGCAGCUUCUCCCGCUCGACUUCGGCCACGCCCUCGCCCUCCGCCGCCGCACCCAUGAAGCCUCUCGUCCUCGCCGAGAGCGCUCGCAAGCUCGAGGUCGGCGAAGAGUACGAAGACGAGGAAGACCGCAAGGAGCGCGCGCGCAUCCGGCAGGAGAUGGUCCAGCUUGGGUUCGACCCGCCACCCCCGUCUCGCCUCAGUCGACCGCCUACGACACCCUCGCCGAACGCUCACUCGCCUGGAGACGGUGGCUUGCGGAGUGCGGAGCGCGCGAAGGCGCUCGAGGCAUUGGCGCGCAACGAGCUGAAGGAAGGGCGGAGCAGCGGGUUCACCGAGCCGCCGCAGAGGCGGAUGAGCCUCCUCGCGCAGCGGAGGAACAGCUCGCGCGCGAGUAUCGGAGGCGCAAGCGAUCUUGGCUUGGGGAUCCAGGGCGGCUUGGGGAUUGGAGCGGACGGCGUGGAAGGUCGAUCUGGGUCCAGCAGCGGUCCGCCAACGCCGAGUCAGGAGAACCCGGAGGAGGAGGCGCCGGGUUAUCGCAAGGCGCUCAGGCGUCUCUCGAAGACAUUUUCUAGCCCGCCUCUUGGUUGA